AUGAUUUGUGGUAACCGUUGGAGACAAUUGACACUUAGCUUCACAUCGGAUGACAGCAUAACUAAUAGAACACAGAAUCGCAUCAAUAGUUGUGGAAAUCAUUUUGACGAUCAAUACAUCAAUUUCUCACUUUGCAUAUCAAUUAUGGGAUUGUUAGCUCUAUUGAGGAAAUUGAAGGCAACCCCUAAUAGGGAGCUAAGAAUUCUUCUUCUGGGUCUCGACAAUGCAGGAAAGACAACAAUUCUCAAGAAGAUGGCCUCCGAAGACGUUACACAUAUAACACCGACUCAGGGCUUUAAUAUAAAAAGUGUUCAAUCGGUGGGCUUUAAGCUGAAUGUGUGGGACAUCGGAGGACAGCGUAAGAUAAGGCCGUAUUGGCGUAAUUACUUCGACAACACAGACAAACUGAUUGGCGUCCCUAUACUGGUCUACGCUAACAAACAGGACCUCUUCAACGCCUCGCCCGCCAGUGAACUCGCAGAGGGACUGCAUUUGAUGGCUAUAAGGGACAGGACGUGGCAAAUACAGCCCUGUUCUGCCAUUUCGGCCGAAGGACUUAAGGAGGGCCUGGAGUGGGCGUGUAAGAACAUUAAGACCAUUACUAAAUAAAUACACGCACUUUGGCGCCAAUCAAUCCACUAAAUGUUAACACAAACUCAAAC